GCCCAAUCAACCCCUUUCUUAGUCACCUGAUUCAUAUAGGCUACACUGCCAUUUUACACAUGAAGUUUGACUGAAAAAAAGAAUAAUCGGCGACCUAAUAAUAAUAAAAAAAUUGUGAGAGAUUAAAUGCAUUCAGAUUAAACCUUAUGGAGCAAGACAUUUAAUGGAUAUGGGAAAACAAGAAGAGUCAUUCAUACAAGACCUCGACACGAACACAGGGAAGAUUGACAGAAAAGACAAUAAUGCUUUUUUGUAACGUCUUCAAAAUCAGUCUAGCCGCAAUCAUAUAGGCUAAUCAGAACGAACGACGCGUGAUCACCAACCGAGGAUUGGUAGGCUAACUAAUCAAUGAUUGCUGCUGUGCUGAUGCUCAAUUGUAUUCAUGUAGGCUACUGUAGCGGCUGUUCACUCUAACCGGCAAUACCCUUGGAAGGCUAUUACAGGAAUUCAUUGUACCAUUGCGACCUCCGAAAGAAUCAUUCUGGGCUAAUUUUGGUGCGACCCGUUUAUUAGGUUUUUGGAUUUGUAGCCUAUGUGUGGGAUAUUGGUUUGCUAUUAAUAUUGAUGGUUUACUGAAUGUAGCCGUCUAUUUUAUUUGGCCGCCGUAUGAAUUCUCCCAUCGGAUUCGCGUCAGUGUACGUUUUUGUUUUCAGACGGGCAAUUUGUUUAGAGGGCACGCUCCCUAUCAUCACUAAAGACAUUUUGAUUUCUGAUUUCCCGAUUGCUGGUUUUGGAAUAUGUCUGGACAGUCUAUUACGGAUCGGAUCGCUGCGGCUCAGCACAGCAUGACAGGAUCCGCUAUAAGCAAAGCCGUCUGCAAGGCCACGACGCAUGAAGUCAGCGGACCCAAGAAGAAACACCUUGACUACCUGAUCCAUUGCACCAAUGAGCUGAAUGUGAGUGUCCCUCAUCUGGCGGACACAUUGUUUGAGAGGACGGCCAACAACAGCUGGGUGGUGGUGUUCAAGGCCCUCAUCACCACCCACCACCUCAUGAUGUAUGGCAACGAGCGAUUAAUCCAGUAUCUAGCGUCCAGAAACACACUUUUUAACCUGAAUAACUUCUUGGAUAAAGGGGCAUUACAAGGUUAUGACAUGUCAACGUUCAUUAGACGUUACAGCAGGUACCUGAAUGAGAAGGCCAUGUCAUAUAGACUGGUGGCCGUGGACUUCACCAAGAUGAAGAGGGGGGUUGAUGGAGUGAUGCGCACCAUGAAUGUUGAGAAGCUGAUCAAGACUCUACCUAUCAUCCAGAAUCAGUUGGAUGCGCUGCUGGACUUUCAGGCUAACUCGAAUGAACUGACCAAUGGCGUCAUCAACAGCGCCUUCAUGCUGCUCUUUAAAGACUCCAUUCGCCUCUUUGCUGCCUACAAUGAAGGCGUUAUCAACAUGCUAGAGAAAUAUUUUGAUAUGAAGAAGAACCAAUGCAAAGACGCCCUGGAGAUUUAUAAGACGUUUCUCAACAGAAUGACCAAGCUGUCUGAGUUUCUCAAAGUCGCCGAGCAAGUUGGAAUUGAUCAGGGUGACAUCCCAGAUCUCACACAGGCUCCCAGCAGCCUCCUGGAAGCGUUAGAGCAGCAUUUGGCCUCUCUGGAAGGGAGGAAAAUCAAGGAGCUCUCCACAGCCACCAGAGCUAGCACCUUGUCUAGUGCCGUGUCGUCACUGUCCAGCACUGGAAUCUCCCUCAGCCGCAUGGACGAGAAGGAGGACGACAACCGGCUCAAGGACGACGGGGCCAAGGUGAUUGACAUGCAGACGCCGACCGUCUCUCCGAGCUCCCAGUCCGUGGGUAGUGCCAACAGCAGCAGCGGGGCCACAGACCUCUUCUCCAACUCAUCGGUUGUGUCCGUUUCAAAUAACGUGCCGAAUCUCACCAGCGACCUGUUCAACCUCCAGCCCACCUUCAACCCACACAUCCACACUGUGCAAUCAAACAACAACGCUUGGGGAGGGGACCUGCUGAAGCCAGCUCAGCCCACACAUAUCCACAGCCCUGGGGUACCUCUGCACACUGGGGGAAAGAUGAUGCCCUCUGACCUCGACUCCUCCUUAGCCAACCUGGUUGGCAACUUGCAGUUCGGAGGAACACCAGCCAAAAAACCAGAGCUCCAGUGGACCCAGCUAGUGGAGAAGAAGCCCACAGGGGGAACUCACUGGCAGUCCAAAACCAUGUGCACCCCCCCUAACUGGAACCACCAUGCAUCCAUGGCCCCCCAGCCUAUGCCUAUACCACAGAUGAAUGGAGUGAUAUAUACAGGCUAUGCUCCAGCUCCGGUGGCUUUUCCUAUGACGACACCUCAAGUGCCUGUUUAUGGAAUGAUGCCUCCUCAUCAGAUGGGGCAUAUGGGUGGAGUCCCUAUGAUGGCACCACAGCCUGUGAUGUACAACCAGCCUGUCCUUCGGCACACAAAUCCAUUUACCCCCAUGCCAGGAGCCCAGGCUUAUUUUCCUAUGCAGAUGCACUUCAUGUAGGACGGGGAGUAUCUCACCAUGACAGCAAAGCAGAGAGACAAAACGAGAACCAAAUACAACGCAAGAUGGAAGAGAUGGAGGAGCAGAAGAUGGCGGUCGAGACAGACUGGAGAUGUGGUAGUGCUCUUACAGUGGCCUCUCUGUGGAAUCGAACCUCUGUUACAUUCUGUAUCAUGGCUGAUAUAUAAAAAAAAAAGUCCCAUCCAAGUCCCUUUGACAUUCUGUAUGAUUUGCUAAUUCGAAUGGGUGUUGUCCUGUCUGUCCAACCCACGCUACGGCUGCGGCUGCGGCUGAAUCCCAGUUUCGUAGCGUGGGACCUUUGUUGUGAAUUUCAGAAAAACUGCCACCAACCCCCAUUCACCUGUGUCAACGGACAUCUCUUUUUUCUGAUAGUUUGCACGCACUUUAAUCAAUGUGAACUUUGCCAAGGGGUGUACAUACGCAUCAUCCAAUUAGCUCCUCAUGCGAAACCACCACAGUCCUGCUAAGUCCCUCCCCUCCGAUGUUGAUGUCAGAGUUGCACCUGCCACCGUUGUGACGCGGAUAAGUGUCAGUUUUCGUGCGUUUCAGUCAAUGUACGCCAGCAUUUUGGAGGCGACGGCGUAUUCGUUCCAUUUUGUUGUGGCGGCGAAUUCUGCGAGCAGUUCUUGUGAGAUGCUGGAUAAAUGACUUGGAGACACAUGUUUUGUGUAUGUGUGUGCAUGUACAAUACUGCGUGUUAGUUUGCACUCGGAGAUCUAAAUGUACAAAAGCUAUUGUGUAAUGUUUUCAUGGGUUCCUGUGAAAGCGAUGGCCCGCGUGGCAACGGCUGGCCACUGUGCUCCUUUUAAAUGGAGCCCUACCUGCCUCCAUAGACCCACAUUCAUACUGUAUCCUCUUGUAAAGGAGAUGAAGAAGGCCCACUGAUCAAUUCGUACAGGACCGUCAGAACACAUUUCGCCGCUCCGGCGCCGUCCAUUGUUCGCUCUUUGCUAUUCGUAGGUUGUUUUAAAUGUGGUCCACGUUUCUUUAGCUACUGCAGCGGUGCAUGGAAGCUCAUGCCUCACAUUGGAUUCUGCGCUUUGACACAGGUUUGUUUGGUUUUAGACGUGCCGUUCUCGUUGUGAUCCCUACCAGUGUUGCAUUGUCAGUGAGUAAAUGUCGGGAGAGCGCACCCUUUGUUCCUCUUUCUCUUGCUGCCUGUAUUGCUCUGAGUUGACGCCCAAUGAGUUGUCGCAUGCGUCCUUGUCGUGACCCCGAGUGGCGGUUAUUUAUAGUGUAGCUCCUCGCCGACCACGGGAGAAUGUGGCCGAGGGGCUGUUACGGAGAGUCUGCUUCGCGGGAUGGUGAAAUGAACACCGGCUCCAACAACUAACCCACACUCCCUCGACUCUCCAUCUUAUAUCUGAUGUGUGGCGAGGGUUCUGGCUCAAAUGUGCCACCCGUUUGGCCGAUGGAUGUGCUGAGUUUCCCCUUUACAAUGUAAAGUGCUUUGAGUACCUCCGGUAGUAGAAAGUCGUUAAAUAUAAAUCCAAUUCAUUGUUGUUGAUAUUAUUGUUAUUAUUUUCGUACUUUCGCUAACUCCAGCCCCAGAAAGAGCAUAGCUCGCUGUCCUGGACCUGAUGGCAGAU